GCGAAUAUCGCUUGUUACGAUCAGCCCUGGAUACGGAGAUAGUCGCUGGGAUGACUGACCGUUGACCACCGUGGCCUACAGUCAACGACUGCCGCCUCAUCGUCGCUUGUCCGUCCAUACCGUCCAGCCACAGUCGGGGGAAAAAUGCAAACGCGAGAGCGCGGUUGGCUGGCUAGCAGCAGAAGGACACAAGUCACGGGAGAGCCAGCUCCAUUGAGAGGGAAAAACGUAACUUCUAUAAAGACCUUCGUUUCUUUUCUGCCCGGCUACUUGUUGCACAGUAGCAACACGGAGAUGAAAGGGGAUAACACCCCCCUGGUGGAAGGAGUUUAUGUAUUCAAGUUGACGGCUCGACAAUGAUACACGUAUUGUCAGUGAUGGGGGAGACACGCACUGCAUACGCACCGCCCAGAACCUCCGGCCCAUGAAGCCGCACUGACACCGCUAAGCCCCCGAUUUGAAGUUCCUGGACCAUUUUUGUGUGGGUGUGUGCGCGCGUGGAGAAAGGAAGUUCGGAUAAUCCAUCCCUAUAACCGUAGCCUCAGCCGACCGGAUCGGAUCGCCCGGUGACGAUCGGCGUGACCGCGCUAUAAAUUUUCCAGAGCCCUGACUUUUUAGGAUUGGGUCAUAAUUCAGGUUCCGUGAGUUGUUGGGAGUCAUCAUCAUAGACACCAUGAUCAGCGCGCCGUGGCUGGUGCGGGAGUACAGGUUACUGCAGCUGACAGCAUAAUCGGCUCGAGAGCACAGGAAUCUGCUUCGCCUGGCAGUCUGUCUUUGCCUGAACCACCAGAGAAUGCUUGCCGCAGUCGUCACCCCGGCUCUGUCACUCCUCUGACGAACUUCAUCUGUCUCCAAGCACGAUGAUCAUUGGCUUGAUCUCAAAAGUUCCCGACCAACGAAAGACUUCCAAAAGUUAAAUUCAGUGGAGCUUCACCGACGACUUUUGCACUGAUCGAAACAAAAGAAAUUUAAAGCUCUCGCUACAGUGGCAAUCUCUGAGAAAUUUUAUAUCACAAAAAUGGAUAUAUUUGCUUCACACCACCGAGGGAUCUCUGGCAGGCGAUUCCUACACCAUUCACAUAUUCUUCUGACAGUUCUGUGGUCUUUGUCGCUAGUCCAGACAAUCCCGCAGGUACAAGGCUUGGGGGAUUGGCAGUCUCCAGAAACCAAGCGCUACUGCCACGCCCAGAACUGGCUGAGUAUGCGGCAGCGCAAGCUGUGCGAACUGCACCCGGACCUCAUCCCCAGCCUGACCGAGGGCAUCUUGGCCGGCAUCAGCGAGUGCAAGCGCAACUUCCGUGACAGACGCUGGAACUGUCCGGUCAGCAACGUGACAGCCGUGUUUGGGCCCAGCCGGCUGAAGACGAGAAACCAGGAGAUGGCCUUCCUACAAGGCAUGACCUCGGCCAGCAUCACCUUCCACGUCACGCGGGCCUGCGGCAGCGGGGAGGUGGUAGAGUGCGGGUGUGCACAGAACAAAGGCCGCAAACACAACAAGGAGGCCGGCACGGGGGACUGGGCCUGGGGUGGCUGCUCGGACAACAUCCGCUACGGCAUGUACUUUACGAGGGACUUCAUCGACACAACGGACACCGGUGGCAAUGACGUGACGGGCGCCAACCUGAUGAUGCAGCACAACUAUGAGGCUGGGCUCAAGACAAUUGACACUAAUAUGAGAGUCAAGUGCAAGUGUCAUGGUGUAUCCGGCACCUGUACCUCUAAGGUGUGUUGGAACACGAUGCCUAAACUCGAGGAAGUUGGCCAGAUUGUCUUCAACAAGUACGAGAAUGCCAAAUUCAUGACGUACUCCAGGAAGCGGCGCCGGUUACGCCCCAACCGCAAGGACCCGUCCAGCCGCCGCAAACCGGCCAACACGGACCUGGUCUACCUGGCCGCCUCGGUGGACUAUUGCGAGCCCAACAAGAAGCAUGGGUCAGUGGGCACCCACGGCCGGCUUUGCAACAAGACCAGUACAAGCGAGAACGGCUGCCCGCUGCUGUGCUGCGGCCGGGGCUACCAGACCAUGGUGCGGAAGUCGCGAGGCAACUGCAACUGUCGCUUCGAGUGGUGCUGUGAGGUGGUCUGUGAGACGUGCCUGCUGUCGGAAGAGCUGCACAUUUGUAACUGAAACCCCUGUGCACAGGAACAUUAUGUUAUAAAAAGCACAAAACAUCUUGUGACAGAUGGCCAUUGUGUUGAACUCGGUUACAAGCACUUGAUGCGGAAUUCCGCUAACGUGACUUACAUUUCACUGCCAUUUCAAGAGCCAUCUUGGAUUUAUACUAUGACGGAGGAAGUUGGAGUACAAAGUUUUGGCUUAAUAACUGAAUUUGGAUGAAAUGAAGUAGACAUCUAGCUUUCAAGAGUCACAGAGGGAAAUCUUCACAUAAGAGAUUUAGCUGCUGACAAAGAACCAAACCACUAAAUUUCAAACACUUUCUGCUGCUUUGCACACCCUUUAUUUGAUCUUCUCUAUUCAUGGACCUCCGUGGAAUAUAUGUGGCACCGAUAAACCAUCUUGCAACUGAAUUGGCCAGAGAUGAACUGUUGCACCUUACUGUGGAAAGAAGGGAUGGAUCAGACAAUUGGAGCCUAUUAACGAGAAAACAUAAAUAAUGCAGGAACAAGACCUUGUUCACAGUACAGUGCACCACUAUAAGAAGGUACCACAGAGAGGCCAAGUUUCACUGUCAGGAAUGCUUAACAGCCAUGCCAAAUUGUAUUUGUUUUACGCAAGGAGUAGGCAGUUGUUCCAUUGUUUCUAUGCCUGUGUGAGAAUAAUGACCUAGCUGGUGAACCUUCCAAAUUCUCUCGUGUUUACCAAGUGUAAACAAUCAAGAACUUGUGAUAUAGGUUUCAUUUGUUAUGUUGAAAAGAGAAACCUCAGAGGUAAAUUUGCUAGUCUACGGCACUCUGUGAUGUGCAUCACUCCUAUACUGGUAGGUCCAUCUUUGUCACCGUUGAAGUUCACGCCUGUUAGUGUUUACAAACUGAAGUAUGGCAGGUCUUCACCGCAGACACAAAAAGAAUCUGUCUGGAGUAGAAGCAUCAGUUGAAAAGAGCCAUGUCGGUGGGGAGUGUUCAUUUUGUUGGUAGCGAUGCAACCAUAACACGUGCAUUUCUUUCUUGGACCAACAAAGUGCAGUUGGUAAGAAAAUUUUGCCCUCUCUUGGCCCAACUGGGGGCUCAUAGGCCUAAUUUACAAAGCAUUUAAAAAUUUCACACAAUUAUCAGGAUUCCAAAUAAAUAAGGUUACUGCUAAACAAUACACCAGAGUACUUUUUUCUUUAAAGGUAAUGGGGCAAAUAGGUGCUUUAAAAGGUAAACCCGUUACCAACUAGGGUUGAACUUUCUGCUGAUUUUUGCUGUCUAUACAAAAUGGUUGUCAGCAAGAGGAAGGUCAUUGGUGUGGUUAUGCAAGAAGAUGGGAUGACAUGGCAGUGUUGUUUGUUUACUCUUUUUGUUUUUGUUGUUUCUUUUACUAUUAUGAUUCACUCUGUCCCCACAUCCUUGAAACUUUGAAACUUGCUUGCAAAAAAAAAAGUGAUUAACCAAGCAGAAACACAGACUGCAGUUACUAAAAUCUAUACUUUCAGCAAAAGCGUCUUUCAUGCGUUAAUACAAAUUUGGCUUUUGUAUAUAAACAUUUUUGUUUGUUGUUUGUUGAUAGUGUGUAAGGAUUAUAAAUGUGUACAGGUGAAACUUAGCGGACGCAUGCAUAUUUCAUUUUAUUCAUCAGGGUACUGGCAGUAUUCUUGAAUAUCAGUUUCCAAGCAAAAUUGCUGUUCUGAAAAUUAUUGGAUCUUGGAUUUUCUUUUUUUUUUAACGGUAGACAUUAAGAGAGUCUGGAGUGGUCAGUGAAUUUUUAAAUUGGAUCCCUUUCUUGUGGGUAAAUUCUUAAUAGUCAAAAUUAAUGAGUGCCUUAAAAUACAACAUAAACAUUAAAAAAUUAAUUAUACAUUGUAUGCCUUAUCAAACCACACAAAGGUUUGUUACUUGUCUCUGUUCUGACUUCCAGUUCACACUUGUGAGAAAAAUUUUGUAGAUUUUGACGUCUGCUUUAUAUGGAUGUCAUCCUGAAUUCCUAGGCACAUAGGCCUACUUCAAUUCAUUGUCUCUAUUGGCAUAUCACAUUUUGAACACACUUGGCUGGAGGCCACAUUUUAUUUUUGGACAGUGUUACCUGUUUGCUUGUGUUAUAAAUAUCAUGCAUUGUAUGCUGUAAGGAAUUGAUAUUUUACAGUAAUUGAGCAAAUGUAAUUAAUGUAUCUGAAGCAUGUACAAAUGAGGAAAUUUGUCAAAAUUGCGGUUUGACUGGCGAAUGUGUUGGAGAUGCAUGCACACGCUGAUGCAGUUCCAGUGGUACGACAGACGUACUACCACAUUUUUUUUGGACAAAAUUUGGCCAAUUACUUUUAGACAAAAUUCACAGUUUGGCCACCCCCCCAAAUCCCCAGACCCAAGACCUAGAUACACCAUUGCAGAGUACCAACAUAAGAAGAUGCACGGACCUGUCCAAAUUUCAAGCUCUCAUUUCGGCACAUGAAUUUGCUAAAAUGUACAUCAAUUUGAAUGUGUAAUUUGAAACUCAAGUUUGAGACUUUCCCAUGACAGAAUUUUGUUUAAAUUUGUGCUUGUUGUCCCCAUCCACAACAUUACAAAAAUCGUAGGUGUAAUUACAAGUGCCCAUGAUCGAAAACAUAAGCUAUCAUAUUAUUAUAUUAUGGUUAUGUUGUGUCUCAUCAGACAUCUAUGUGCAUAUCUGUUGAUUCAAAGCAAACUUACAGGUAUUUUAUUAACUACUAGAAUGAGGAGACAUCAUUACUUCAGUGUUUUUACCUGCACUGUUCAUAAAACAAAACAUUGUAAGAUUUUGUUUUCGCCCUUGUAAAUAUAUAUACACUGUAUGUUAUUUAAUUAUUUUACAAUGAUCAUGUAACCUACAAUUAUUCAAAACAGGUGCCUUGAACAUACAAUGUGCUUAUCCGCAUGAUAUUUUGUAUUAUAUAUGUAAUAGGCUGCUAUUGUAUGUUCUUGCCUAGGGAACUUUUUUGUGGUGUUUUUGUUGCUUUUGAUUGGAAAUAAUGAAAGAAUAUGGCAGAGGUAUUAUAAUGCAAGUAUCAGAUGUGUACAGUUGUUGAAAUAGCUCAAACUCUGAAGAUGACAUUAUUUUGGCGGAUGGUACAAUAAAUUAAUGCGACAUCAUACAAAUGAU